UUGUGGGAGCAACCUUAUUUCUAGAGGAGCUGGGAGGGCCUUUGCGAGCGCGCGUAUACGAGUUCUUGGGAAGGUUCCGGAGCUUAUGCGCGUUCUCGUUGCUAGAUAGGCGCGUUCUCUUUCUGUCUGUCUCUCCCUUUUGCUUGUCACUCCCCCUCCUCCCGGCUUUGGUGAGCGAGACUUUCCAGCGAGCUCUCCCUGCAGCAGCAUUAGCAGCCGCAGCGCCAGAACUAUAAGAAUAGUUCUGUCUACAUUGAUGCAUGCCUAAGACAGAGGACGCUGGAGACAUUGGGACCUGCUCCCCCCAAAAUAAGGGGUCUACUACCCCCUGUGACUCUGGAUGACUGCAACCUAGCCUGGACCACUCAAAAGAAACCCAAGGCGGCUUAUGUAUGGUUCCCAGGCAAUCUCCCAUCCAGACAACCUUUGUGACAACAUGGCUGACCAGCAUCAGGACUUCAAUAUGACAGAUGACCAUUUGGUGAGCCAAGCUAGGUGGAACCAGACAGGCUCUCCCCUCCAGAUACCAGUUGAUGAUGGAUCUGAUGAACCAGAGUCUGAGGCUUCUGAUGCUAAGAGUACCCCAACUGUGGAAGAUGCCACUGCUCCAUUAGUGGAGGAAAGAGUGCAUGAGGAUGGGACUGCAACUCGGCAGCAUGCGGAGAUACCUGAAGGAACCACAGCUGAGGAAGCAGGCAUAAUCUCUACUCCUAACCGUGAGGACCGUGCUGCGGGGGAUGCUCAAGCUGAUGGCUCACUCUACUUCAGAAGUCCUUUGAAAGAAGUUGCCUUUGGGCAGAAAAAGGAUGAAGAUGGAGACAUUGAUGAGACAGCUCAGCAGGAAGGUCUGGAUUACAGAAGGCCAUUCUUGUCAGGAGCAGAAAGGUGGACCAUGGUUGCAGAACUGGACCCCUCUGAGCAUAUUUAUCAAGUUGAAGCUAAUGUCCCAAAUGAGAGCAAACCCUUGGAAAAUGUACUAGAAGUAGGCAAGCUUUCAGAGGAGAGUAUUUCCCUGGAAGGGGAGACAUUGGAUACUGUGCAGACCUCAGAAUUGCAAAAGGCUCUCAGGAAAAAAGCUGCCCGCUGUACAUCACAGAAACAAAGCAGUCGAUUGCCACUUUUGAAAGCUCGAAUUGACAAUAAAGAUAAAAAUGAGACUGGGACUGAAGAGCCAAAACCAAAGGGUCUGGAUAUGAAAAUGAAGAUAGCCACUCCUCGUUCUGUUGUGGCACAGAACCAGAAGAGCCCAGCAAAUGCUUCUCGGAUCCCUGCCAAAACUCCCACCAUCCCCAAGACGCCACCCAGCCUUGCUGCCAAAAAGGAGCAGAGAAGGCCCCCUAACACAGCAGCAAAAUCUGAGAGAGGUGAACCAGUAAAGUCUGGAGACAGGAGUGGCUACAGCAGCCCUGGCUCUCCAGGAACUCCUGGCAGUCGCUCCCGCACACCCUCCUUGCCGACUCCACCAAACAGGGAGCCCAAGAAGGUGGCAGUGGUUCGCACUCCGCCAAAAUCCCCUUCUUCUGCCAAGAACCGCUUGCAGACAGCUCCUGUCCCAAUGCCAGACCUGAAGAAUAUCAAGUCCAAGAUUGGCUCCACUGAAAACCUGAAGCAUCAACCAGGGGGUGGAAAGGUGCAGGUGGUUAAUAAGAAGCUGGACUUUAGCCAUGUCCAAUCAAGGUGUGGAUCAAAGGAUAAUGUCAAACAUAUCCCAGGAGGAGGCAGUAUACAAAUUGUUUACAAGCCAGUGGAUCUCAGCCGUGUAACGUCUAAAUGUGGUUCCUUGGGCAACAUUCAUCAUAAACCAGGUGGUGGGCAGGUGGAGGUGAAAUCUGAGAAACUGGACUUCAAAGAUAAGGUGCAAUCAAAAAUUGGGUCAUUAGACAAUAUCACCCAUAUCCCUGGAGGAGGAAAUAAAAAGAUUGAGAGCCACAAGCUGACCUUUCGUGAGAACGCCAAAGCCAAGACUGACCAUGGAGCUGAAAUUGUCUACAAAUCGCCCACCGUAUCUGGAGAUGCCUCCCCCCGGCGCCUUAGCAACGUCUCCUCCACUGGAAGCAUCAACAUGGUGGACUCCCCACAGCUGGCCACAUUGGCCGAUGAAGUGUCUGCUUCCCUGGCCAAGCAGGGCUUGUGAUUGUGUUAAAGCGGGUGGAGAGAAUAAGAAGAGAAAAAUCCACUCUGGCCUUUCUUCCUCUGUUUCUUUUUACAUCUGUAUUCCCCACCAUUCCUUUUUUUAUUAUUAUUAAUGGGCUAACUCUUUUAACCUGGUUCCCUGUCCCCUUUUCCCUGUAUUUCUCUCUGGUCUCAGGAUUUCAAAAUUACUAACAGUGUGGAAACAAAGAUUCCUGCCAUAUUUCCAAUCAUCUCAGUUUAGAGAAAGACAUCUUUUCAUCUUUUGGUCCUAAACAAAAGGAAAUGUAAUUGUCAGGUAAAGUUGUGCUGCUUAAGAUACUAAUAUUGAGAAAAAGGGUUGGUGUGUCUCUAGAUGUGCAUUGGGCAGCCAAGCUUGUUCCCAUGAACAGAGAAAAGAGCCUGCCGCAGUACGAUUGCUUAGCAGCUCUCUUAAAGAGCCCCUGCUGUUUUACAUUUUGUUAUAGGUGUGUGUGAGAGUGCAAGUCUGAAGCAGAUUUCUGCUGCAUGCCCAGAAUUUUCAGUGUGAAAUGUUAUCCCCUACCAUAGACCUUAGGAAAUGAGUCGUCAGUAUAUCAUCUCUGCAGAGGGAUGGGUUUCUAUCCUGGAAAGGGAAGCAAAAGCUCAAUUUGCAACAGGCAUAAACCUUUCUAUUUUAAGUUUUCUUAAAUGGGAUUUAGCUGGAGCCAUAUUAGUGCAUGCAAGGGCCAAUACUUUGUUCCUGUAACUCAAAGAUACUAAGCUAGAAUGCACUGAAAUCCUGUAAGCUGCCAGCUCCCUUCCACUGUGGUUCAAAUGAUGCAUGCUGAGGGUCAAGAUGACACUGGCCUUGUGUGAUUUUCCUUUGGGGUAAACAUUACUUUUGCAAAUACAGGGACAUUAAAAGCAGUUUUUCAUACUAAUGAUUAUUACUGCACUUUUCUCCCUCUAGUACAGAACUACCUAACUUGCCUACCUACUUUCUCAUUUUUUUCAGCUUAAUGAAUAUUACAAGUUCCACAAUUCUGGACCAAUCUCUUUGCUCUUGCUAUCACAUUUCUGUAGCAAUGUAGGAGAUUGGUUCUUCACAGGAGAGGGGAGCAAGGAGGUUCCUGAGUAGCAGAUUUGCUCCUUGUGUUCAGUCCAAUACGCAGGUUUUUUUGGUUUUCAUGAAAAAGUUGUGGAUGUAUGUAAAAAUAUGUGAGGUAGAAGUGUAGUUCUAGUUUUUUUGUUUAGUGAGACAGGUGUGCUUAUUUAAGUGCAAGUAUUGUAGGGAGAAGGGUUAUUUCCUGAAAGGACAAGCAUUACAGCCUUUCAUAAUAUUUGCAUGUAUCUGACCUUCUGUUCAUAGCAUACAUGUUUGUCACUGGAGAUGUGUGUCUGUGAAAGAAGCAUUGCAAAUUAGACACCGUAAGAGAUUUCACAUUACCUCAUGUACAGUGCUUUUUGAUGAAGAUUGUUCACACUUUCAGUUAUGAGUCAUCAAGCAUUGUUCAUGUAGUACAAACCAACCCCAAAACACGGGUGUGCAUGUUGCAAAGGAAACCCACAAAACAAUGUAGCCAGCAGGAACUUAUAAUUCCAUUUUUUGUGAGGACUUGGGUUCCUUCGUACCAUUGCACAAACCGGCAGGGGAAAAUCCAAAAACAGCACACUGCACAGAAGUGUUUGAAUAAUAGCAGUUUUCUGAACACAAGUUGCAUACACUAGCACAAGUUAUCAUACCAGCAGCAAGAGCCCUUUCCUCCACCUGUCAGAGGUGGAAGGAUAAUUACAGAUGUGAUAAAGAUACCAGUGUCCUCGUUACAAACCCAUUUUUCCCCUUGCUGUUUAGAAAAUAUUUAUGGCACCACCUGUAGCUGUGCAUCUACCUAGGCUAAGUGAAAACAUUUUAAUUUCACAGAAUACAUUGCCUCUGCUAAAUGUGAAUAGCUAUUUUCCCUGCUAGCAUCAGCUGAUAAUCUUUAGCUCUCCUGCCCUCCAUAAAUUUAGAUCGUUCAAACAAAAAUUCCUACGCAAUGCAGGCUUCACAAAGGUACUGCCUGAAACACCAAACAAUAGCAGUGUGCAUGGUUAUUCAAAUUAUGACAAAACCUAUUGCAUGAACAGGAGUUCCAGAUAAUAGAGAUUCUACAAGACAGUCCCACCACCUAUCAUAUAAUCUGAAUUUGUUUGGAAAUUGGUGAGUAACAUGGUUUAAAUACAACAAAACACACAAACCCAAGCGUGUUAGGGGAAAAAAACCCUCUUAGUUUCUGAAACCAUACAUGCCUUUUUUAAACGUUAACAAAUCGGUGUGUCUAGCAAUAAGGGGCUGGUCUUUAGGGCUGGCCUGAGUAAGCAAAUAGGGUUUAGGUUUACAGCAUGGCAUUUAAACUUUGGCAAGAUAUCUAUUUUCUGAGUUUGCCAAACUGUUUGAGGGUGGAUGGGUGGCCUGUAGGUGAUCUAGUUGCAUAGUCAUGGACAUAACGUUGUUCAGAAUAUUGCAUGCAGAAUUGCAGAUUGACAGGACGCUGCUUACAAUGGGGCCUCUACCUGCUGCUCUCUCAAUUUCCUGGGCUAUUCUUGCUACCCAACAUGUGCAUCUCUGUCAUGGGGAAACUGUGGGCCUUCAGAUGCUGCUCCCAUCCUCCCUGACUAUUGAUUGUGCUUGCUGGGGCUGAGAGAGACAAGUUCACCAUCUUGGAACGCCAUUGACUCAUGUUCCCCACCUGCCGAUGGUGGUGGACUCAAGUCCUUAUCAACCCAGCAAGCAUGGGCAAGGAUGAUGGGAGCUGUAGUCCAGCAGCAUCUGAAGGCCCACUGCUCCCCUACUCACACCCACACCAUAAUUCUCCCAAGAGAAUUAUAUCAUUGUAUGACAUUCUGUGCCCCAGCCAGAGUUAUGUAAGUGGCCUGCUUGUUAUAAUUAAUCUAUGUGCAAAUACCCUAUCCUAUUUGCAGGCAAAGAAAUUGAGGGCAUUUCACUUUAUUUCUCCAGGAGGGAGAGGUUCUAGCAGUUUCUUGGAGAUGGGGGGGGGAUUACCAUUAGCAGUGGCAAAAGCAUCCUUUUUUUGUUGUUGCCUGCCAGUACAGGUGGUAGCAGAUUCCACAUUCUCCACAAUGCCCCAGCCCUAGCCCUUCAAGGAUAUUGUAGGGGUGGUGGAAAUGAAAGCUACUCAAACAAAUGAUAGACAAUAUCUGGGGGGAAUUCUGCAAGGUGGCACUCCAUUUCUAAGUGGUGGCGAGAAAUUUUUUUUAAUCAGAAGCCAUUUUUCAGAAGAAAAAUCUAACUCUGUGCUCAAAUUUCAAAGGGAAGCCAGUUGCUAAACUUAAUACAUUCCUUGUGAGAUCAGACUUCUUGAGGUUGGGUUGCAUGUUUUUGUCCUUGGUAGGUUGAGGAAGUCAGGAAUAAGGGUUUUCCUUGUAGGAAGUCUAUUGCUGCCUUUGCUGGCUUACUCUUUGGAGCCAUGAAUUAAAACAGUUCAGUUAAACUGCUGGGGUGUACAGCUUGUCCAGCGUUUCUGUAAGCAAAAUAUCUGAUAGAACAAGGUUUUUUAAAAAAAGUUUGGUCGAGUAAGAAUUGUGGAUAAUAGAGGACAGGAUAGUAUGGGAAAACCAAUGGGUUUGAGGAUGUUAUACUGCUGGCUGUGUGGCAGUGGCAGUGUGGUAGUGUCAAUGUGGUAGCAAGGGUUUUGCAGUAUUGGUCACCGUUCAAUGAUUUCUAAUCACUUUAUAGUUCAAAUAAAGCCUGUGGUUCCGUAUUUCCUUUAGGAUAUUAGGAAACUUAGAAAAAAACCCUUCAAUCUGGUGGUAUAUGGUUCUCAGUGAGAAUAUCUUCCAGUUGUUCACUUCAGACAUAUUUUAUACUUGCAUUAGGGGAGAAUACAGCUUGGGCUGGAAAAACCUGUCAUCCUUGUCAAUUUUUGUCUUAGCUUAAGUAGUAAAUAAAAUGUCAAACCUCUUCAGUAUGAAAGAACAAAAAGCAAACAUCUUUGAGAUUAAUUGCCCCCCCCAUCCUCCUGAAUAUUAAAAAGCUGGGCCUUCAUCCAUUUAUUUCAUUGCUCAAAUACUCCCCUUCCCCAAGCAUAGAACACACUGUUGAAACUUUCUGAAUUAAUUUUUCUCCACCCCGAGUUUAGCCAUCCUCCCUAAAUCAUAGUUGCUGUUUUCCAAUCUCGAUCUUGAUUUUCUUUAUGGGUCAUUUUAGGACACAUAAUGGCAUCAUUUUUACAGAUUAGACCUGUGAGGGUUCCAAGUCUAGGGCUACAUUGAACUGACUGGUUGAUGCCUUGUAUUGGUACAUAAAUAUACGUAUCCAGAGGGUUGAAAAAGUGUUAACUUGACAGAUGAAAAUCAUGGUUUUGAAAGUUAAAAAGAAAAAAUGGCUCCUGUCAUGACCUUGAAAGUAUGAAAAAGGGACAAUGGAGUUUAGAGGACCCCACAAUUCCCUUUUAAGUUUCAUGGGGGUGGGGAAACGGGUGGGGGUGGGAAAGGAGUGAGAUCGCUGUAUGAUCAUCCUAGCUUAGCUACCUGUCUGUGACUGUCCAUAUUGUACUUGUGUGUUUUAACAACUGGUUUACACUGACUGUUGCUGUAAAAGUG